UACACAGGCUAUGGUCGCGCACAGUCGAGAGAUUGGGAAUGACAAGCAUAUUCUCUGUUCCUCAGAACAGUCGGGUGCAACCGUAUCAACGUGUUAGAUCAAUGCGCCUGUCAAGAUUAGGCGAGAGGUCUUCUACUUAAAUCAUUUUCGAAAUUCACUUGCGCGACAAUAGUAGGAGCUAGGUAGCUACCUACCGCUAGGAGAAUCGUAUGCGCGCAUGCAAGUCCGUUAGCCAGCUAACGUUAGCUUCGCGAGCUAGUUGUAUGCUUCAAGGCAGAGCAGUGGGAGCAUAGACGCCCCACUCGCAUCAUCAUCAGGCACGACGUUGCGUCUGUAAUCACAUGCGAUUUUCUUUGGUUUUCUCUUAGAACCAUGGCGACUGACCUUAUAAAGGGCGUUGUUCGCCUUUGCCUGAACCUUCAGGACCCGGAGCAUGUGGCGAGAUUUCAAAAGCUAUGCGGAGUCAGGGGGACCUUUCCCAGAAAAUCUGCCAGGACAGAGGAGAGUGAAUCGGAGCCUUCCCCUAACGGUGCAUGUGUCAAGCAACGUACAGAAGAGAGCACAGACGACGGAAGUGUUGACGAAAAGCCAAGCGACCUUAGACAGAGAAAAGACAGAAGUUCAGACACUUCUAAACAGGAAGAAUGCUCGAAUGGCUUGCUCAACGGGGCUGCAAUGCCCGAAGAACAAAAUACUCUACCCGAGAGCAGUUCAAAAGCUGACAGCGAACGAGGGGGGUCGAAGGGAAUUGUCAAGCCACUUCGCAAGAACUCUCUGACCGGUGAUGUUGGCCAGGAGUUCAUUAUCGAGAACAAGUUCCUCUUCUAUCUCUUCACCUUUGCAACCGAACUAGGCAAUGAGAUGUUCUUCAUCGUUUUCUUUCCCUUUCUUAUGUGGAACGUCGACGCCUAUGUCAGCAGACAGAUUAUCGUGGUAUGGGUGCUGGUGUUGUUUAUCGGACAGUCCACCAAAGACCUCGUCCGCUGGACACGUCCAGCUUCACCGCCGGUGGUCAAAGUCGAGGUCUUCUACAAUUCGGAAUACAGCAUGCCGUCCACCCACGCUAUGACUGGAACUGCACUCCCCUUCUCACUUUUCAUGCUUACUUAUGGUCGCUGGCAGUACCCAUUUCUCUUUGGUCUGGGUUUGGCGGUCUGCUGGUGUUUCCUGGUGUGCUUAAGCAGAAUCUACAUGGGCAUGCAUUCUGUGCUGGAGGUCAUCACAGGAUUCCUCUACAGCGUCCUCAUCCUGGCCGUCUUCCAGCCACUGCUGGACAGCAUUGAUCAGUACUACUUGGCCGGCUCGUACGCGUCCCUGGUGAUCGUGUUGGUGCACGUCGGCCUGGGCCUGCUGGCCUUCUCGCUGGACACGUGGAGCACGUCCCGGGGCGACACGGCCCAAGCCCUGAGCACCGGCGGCGGCGCGGCCCUGGCCUCGCACCUCAACCACCAGCUGGGCCUUCAGCCGGACCCAUCGCUGGACCUCCUGCCCCUGGUCAUGCCCGUCGUGGACGCGCCGCUGCUGGGCCGCGCGCUGGCCAGGCUCCUGGUGGGGGUACCGGUGCUGCUGGCCACGCGGGCCGCCAUGAAGACGCUGACCAUCCCGCUGGCGUGCCGCGUGUUCGGCGUGCCGGCGGACGACGUGAGGUACGCGCGGCAGCACGCGCCGGUGGAGCUGUCCUACCGCUACCUGGUCUACGGCACGGUGGCUUUCAGCUGCGUCUUCCUAGUGCCGCUGCUCUUCGACUACCUGAGCCUGUCCUGAGUCUCCAACUUGCCCCCACCCUAACCACAGCCC